AUGGUCAGCCAAGAUAAUGGUGUGCUGUCCCUGCCUGCCUAUUUCAGCCCCUACAACGACGGCUCGGUGUGCAGCGACGGACGGGCCGACGCGUACGCCCAGCUGGAACUCCGGACCCUGGAGCAGUCCCUGCUGGCAACGUGUGUUGGAAGCAUCUCUGAACUGAGUGAUUUGGUCUCACGAGCGAUGCACCACAUGCAGUGCUUGAACACCAUCCGCCCCGGGAUGAGCCCCGUGCGGCAAACCCGGCAGCAGCAGCCCAUCUCCUGGUCCCCUGAUGCUCUCCACACCCUCUACUACUUCCUACGCUGUCCCCAGAUGGAGUCCAUGGAGAACCCCAACCUCGACCCUCCACGGAUGACCCUGAGCAAUGAGCGCCCCUUUAUGCUCCUGCCCCCGCUGAUGGAGUGGAUGAGAGUGGCCAUCACCUACGCCGAGCACCGGCGCAGCCUGACCGUGGACAGCGAUGACAUCAGGCAGACAGCCAGGCUGCUCCUACCUGGGCUGGACUGCGAGCCCAGGCAGCUCAAACCUGAAUGCUGCUUUAGUUCCUUCCGGAGACUGGAUGCUAAAGCUGCUACUGAAAAAUUCCAGCAGGAUCUGGGUUUCCGGAUGCUGAACUGCGGGAGGACAGAUCUGAUCAACCAAGCAAUCGAUGCACUGGGACCUGAUGGGGUUAACACCAUGGAUGACCAGGGUAUGACCCCCCUCAUGUACGCCUGUGCUGCUGGAGAUGAAGCCAUGGUCCAAAUGCUUAUAGAUGCUGGAGCAAAUUUAGAUAUACCAGUUCCCAGUACCUCUCCACGAUACCCCUCGGUGCAUCCCGACAGCCGGCACUGGACUGCCCUCACCUUUGCUGUGCUACACGGGCACAUCUCCGUGGUCCAGCUGCUCUUGGAUGCUGGUGCCCACGUUGAGGGCUCUGCUGUGAACACUGGAGAGGACAACUACGCCGAGACACCCCUCCAGCUGGCCUCGGCUGCAGGGAAUUACGAGUUGGUCAGUUUGCUGCUAAGCAGGGGUGCAGAUCCCCUCCUGAGCAUGCUGGAAGUCAAUGGAAUGUCCUCAUCUCUCCAUGAAGACAUGAAUUGCUUCAGCCACUCAGCAGCACACGGGCACAGGAACGUCCUGCGCAAGCUCCUGACCCAGCCCCAGCAAGUGAAGGGAGAUGUUCUCUCCCUGGAGGAGAUUUUGGCUGAGGGGGUGGAGAGUGACACCUCCAGCCAGGGCAGCUCCAGUGAGGGCCAGGUCAAGCUCUGCAAGACAAGGAUGAAGGCUCUGCAGGAGGCCAUGUACUACAGCGCUGAGCAUGGCUAUGUGGACAUCACCAUGGAGCUCAGGGCACUGGGGGUUCCCUGGAAACUCCACGUGUGGAUCGAAUCCCUACGGACAACCUUCUAUCAGUCCCGUUACUCCGUGGUACAGACCCUCCUCAGGGAGUUUGUCACUAUUAAAGAGGAGGAUUACAAUGAAGAACUGGUUAAUGAAGGCUUGCAGCUCAUGUUUGAUAUCCUCAAAACCAGCAAAAAUGAUUCCAUCAACCAGCAGCUUGCGUCCAUCUUCACUCACUGCUACGGGAGCAGCCCGAUCCCCAGCAUUCCUGAAAUCCGGAAGACGCUGCCAGCUCGCCUAGAUCCUCACUUUCUGAACAACAAAGAAAUGUCCGACGUAACUUUCUUAGUAGAAGGAAAGCUCUUUUAUGCACACAAAGUCCUGCUGGUUACUGCAUCUAACAGGUUUAAGACACUAAUGACCAAUAAAACAGAGCAUGACAGCCACGGCAGCAAGACUGUUGAAAUCAGUGAUAUGAAAUACAAUAUUUUCAAGAUGCUGAUGCAGUAUUUAUACUAUGGAGGAACAGAAUCUAUGGAAAUUCCCACCACUGAUAUCUUAGAGCUGCUGUCGGCUGCCAGCCUGUUCCAGCUGGACGGCCUCCAGAGACACUGUGAGAUCCUCUGUGCCCAGACCAUCAGCAUGGACAACUCUGUGAACAUCUAUAAAUAUGCAAAGAUUCACAACGCACCCGAACUGGCCUCUUUCUGUGAGGGCUUCUUCCUCAAGCACAUGAGCUCCCUCCUGGAGCAAGACUCAUUCAAACAGCUCAUCUACAGCAGGAACAGCAAAGUGCAGGGCCUGGACCCACUGAGGGACCUGCAGACAGCCCUGGCUGGGCGCCUGCACUCCGUGUACGUCACCUCCAGGGUGUGAGGCAGGACAAGGCACUGGGAUUCGUCGCCAGGAAAGCUGUGGCUGUCCUGUUUGCCUCCUGGAUCUCACUGAAAGCCCCCUGCAGCAGCCACCCCCAGGCCAGGGUGCUGAGGGAGGGGGAGCUUGGCUUCUCUGUGCUGCUGCUGUCACAGAAACACCCCUGGCACAGCACAAACAAGGGCUGAGGGUGCAAGGGAAGAACAUGAUCAGAGAUCAGCGCUGCCCUUUCCACAAGCACGAGGCAGGGCUGGAGAGAAAGAGGCAGUUUUACCUAGACCUGACACCUAAUACAUAGGUUUAAGUGUCUACACACCACCUAGUUCACACACAAACAGAUGUUUUCCGUGUAAAAAGGCUGCAUAGAAGGAGUUUUCUGAUCCACUGCCCAUCCGAUGAGCCAGUGCCACAAACUACUUCAGUGACACCACCAGUGUCUGUACAUGGCAAGAGACUGACACAACUUUUCCCCCAAAACUGUUUGCACCUUGAAAGAGAUAUUUUGGAUGUUCAAAGCUGAGUAGAAACUAAUAUUAACUCUGAAAUUACUCGUUCUUUAAACCUUAUAUGAAGAAGCGAGCUGGGGCAGGGAGGGGAGAGUCGGGGGGUUGUGUGUUUUCACUGUGCUAGUUGUUAAUCUUGUUUUAUCUUGAGGAGAUAUAAAAAGACUGUCUGCCCUUUCACUGUCAAGGUCUGAUAGUCUCAGUUGCUUUCACCUUCAAAACCUGUUUCUGGACAUUAUCUGUGAGACCUCACAGCAUAAAAGACACUUUCUAGAAGACUCAGGUGUAAUAAGAGCUAUGCUAAAAACUGCCCAGUUGCAUAAAUAGCAAUAAAAGUCUCCCCAAGAGGAACACAGAGCUCCAUGGUUUGGUCUCUCUCUGGAGCUAGUUGGAAUUAGCAGCUCUGACCUCUAGAGUCCACUCCCACAGCCUCAUCCCUGGAUUGCUGUUUCCACAGAUACAUUACCUCAGGGGGUCUGGGCACAGUGCACACCUGGCAGGUUCCUGGGGGUUGGCUGCAGCCUUAAACAAGAUGCCUCAACUCAAAUGCCCAAGAUUCACAUUUUUCCUUUGUUCACAGAUGUUUCUGGUCCGAAAGGCCUCAUGCUAGCUGACUUAGGAGAAGAAAAAGCAGACAGUUCAAUCUACAGUUUUGAAUCUAAAGCAGUGGUUUUUUGUGUGUUUUUAUUUCAAAUAAUCCCAACUGUAGGAAGGUUAAAACACAGACCUUGCUCUGACCAAGAGAUUUAAGGAAAAGACCUCCAGCUGUUCCCACUGAGCUUUGCUUGCACCCACCAGAAGCAUUCACCAAGACCCUUUCAUUCAUUUAAAUGGGUGAAGGAGAAGAGGAAACCAAGUUUUCAGUGGAGAACUGUUCCUUCUUAGAAACUCAACAAUUAAUAUUAUAAUUAAACACACUGGAAAAGAAGGAGGCUCAGCUGGGCCCAAGCUCCAAAGCACAAUAUAGACAUGGUUUAGGCAGAUGCAGGGAAGGAGAAGGAACGACAAACAAAUCCAUCAAAAGCUGACACAGCCUCAGCCCUAAAGGAUUUACACAAGAGGCAAAUUGCAUGCAAGGAUAAGGAUUUUUAGUCUAGGCUUAAUCAGCUGACAGGUUGGUCAGGGCACACUCCCUUUGUGCUUUAGGUACACAUCUGCUUCUGAACAUCACCAGCUCCAAUAACCCUAUUUAUUAGCAGAAAGCCAUACAGGGGGUUCAAAAUUAUCACUGAGAAAUAUCACAGAAGGCUUGGAAAGUAUUUUCAAGUAGCUGCUCCAGCUACCUGUACAAAUAUGUAGGUCCUCUUUUGUUGCUGUAAUAUUACAAUGCUUCUUUAAUUGUACAUUAAUGUUGUCAUUUAUGUAAAUGUACCAGGAUUUUAUUAACAAUGUAAUUUUAAAAUA